AUGAUUUGCUCUCAUGGAUUCCCAUCUGUCCUCAGUCCAUUUACGGACUUGUCCUGGCCUGUGCACAGUCUGUGGCCAGAGGUCAGACCUCUGUUCUACCAGCAGGAUUUCCUGCAGCAAAACCUACAUGAGCUGUCCAGCAGUCUGCAGUUGAUGGAAAGACUUCAAUGUCAGAUUCUGGACGACACAGAGCCUGUCAGGAGCAGCAUGGCUCUGCAGCCGGUCUCCUACCAGCUGGACAAAGAGGGAGAGCAUUUUGGCCUAACCCUGGAGACUCAUAGCUUUUCUCCAGAAGAGCUGUCAGUCAGACAGGUGGGCAGGAAGCUACGAGUCAGUGGGAAGACAGAGAAGAAACAAGAAGAUGGGAAGGGCUCCUACUCUUACAGACUGCAGGAGUUCAGACAGGACUUUGAUCUGCCUGAAGGGGUGAAGCAUGAAGAUGUGAGCUGCUACCUUUCUCCAGAUGGAAGGCUCCACAUCCAAGCAUCCGAAGUUCCAUCUAUUGAGCCAGCUGAGAGGGAGCUGACUAUCAAGAGUAGCUCAGAGGAGGAAACACAGGAGAGUUCGUAG